AUGCAGACCGGAUAUUCGCGUUGUGUCGCUACCAGGCGGGAGGAGCCCGUUCGCGCUCUAGCGAGCGGCCUUCGAGUCGUCUCGCGUGAAGCUCUAGACCCUCUGCGCGAGCUUCACUCCCUCACCCGCUUCACCUACAACCCAUCCUCCACCACUCCCCCGUCUCGUGACUCUCUUGUCCACAACGAAGUCGCUCACUCCAUCUCAAGCUCCAUUGCACGUUUUGUGCGCCGAUUCUUCACGCAGUCCGCACAAGAGCCGAGCAACAGAGCCGAAUGGGCCGCAUUCUUCUUGUUCGAGGUCUAUCGCGACUUUCUGCUCCGACCUAAAUCCUACAACAAGUACCACAUGACGCCUGAGCAAUGGGUUUAUCUUCGCCACUCGCUCAACAUGCUUGGAUCAUCCGAGCUGUAUGUCUUCGUCGACAUCGCGUUCCAGAUGUUCUCCUUCGACUAUGACAUCCCUGCUCGCACCAUGGCUAUCCAAUGCCCAAGCAACUCGCAGCAGCGCUUCUCGUACUACCUCGUCCUGACAAUCCAUGAGCAACUCUGGAUGGCGCAGCACCGUCUGCCCGCCUACCGCGAUCGCAUUCAGGACUAUGACGCAAGCGACGACUUUCCGCAACGCCACGCCGCGUGUGGCGUCGAGCCGCACUACACAACGCGCGGCGACUGGAUGUACUCGGUGCGCACGCCCAGCAUCGUAGUCCGCGACUUCCAGAACCGCGUUUUCUCGUACCCGCUCAUCAUCGAGGUCUGCGACGCACGCAAGCAUGAGGAUGAGGAGGCCAUGGCCCGUGACUACCUGCUGGGCAAUGAUGACCGCCCAAGCUUGUUCCUGUCUAUCACCCUCUGGCUGGAGGGCCACAACAGCGCCCGCCUGGGCACUUACAGCCUCUGGCGCAGCCGCGUUCUGCCUGGCCAGCCCGCCCCUGUCGGCGGCUUCUACGGUAACGGCACCGAGUACGUUCCCGAGUGUCUUAUCCGCAAUGAACGCUUCACGGCUCCUGGAGGCAACGCGGAUGCUGGGGAUGGCGAGAUCUUCUUUUCAUUCGCGGACCUCGCGCCGAGGUGCCAGGACUGGAUCAGGUCGACGGCGCCCAAUACCUGGGACGGCGUGUGGGCCAGGGAUGGCAUUACCAUCUCAUACGAGCGGCUGUCCCACAUCUGGCAGCUGGCCAGGGCCAGGCAGAACUACGUGGAGUCUCGUGAGUACCUCAUGUGGGAGGAGGAGCGUUAUGAGGAGAUCCACGGUUCGUUCAUUGAUGAGAGAGAAUAG